AGGGAAGUAACUAUUGUAAACAACGAAUGCACACAUUUCUUGAACCAUAAUAACCCCAUAAUAAACUUACCUGGUAGCAAAGGAAUGGCGUCAGGUAAUUUUUGAGGAAAAUUAACCGGUCGACGAAACACAGCUUUGGUUUGUAUGAUGUGCAAUACCCAAAUUAAGAUGACAUUCUGAUGAUAUAAUUUCUUGCUUGAUGCAUAAAAUGAACCGUAGACAAAGAGAUUUUACUGUUAAGUGCAUAGGACUAGUUUCGUGUAUAUUUAUUGUCGUUUUCCUGUUAAGUUAUUUAACAUCAGGAAAAAAUUCAGAAUUAUCUGAUAGCUAUGAAUAUGACAAUCCUUUUCAAGUAGUAGAUAAUACAAAAAAGAAACAAUUUGACAUUAAACAACAUUUUCAAAAUGUAAUCCAGAACCCUCUUGGCAUUAAACAACAUGUUCAAAAUAUAAUCCAAGAGGUUCUACCACAGCAAAACGAACCUACUGAAAGUUCAUCACCAGAUGGUUAUAGAUACCCACCAGAUUGGGAAGCACUUGAUAAAAGACCUUUACCAAAAUGGUUUGAUGAAGCUAAAAUAGGAAUAUUUAUUCACUGGGGCGUGUUUUCGGUGCCCAGUUUCGGUUCUGAAUGGUUUUGGUGGAGAUGGAAAGGAAAGGAAGCAAAACACAAGAUAGAAACUAAAGCGUUUAUGAAGAAGAAUUACAGAUCUAAUUACACUUAUGCCGAUUUUGCACCAGAUUUUACAGCAGAAUUUUUCAAUGCUACUGAAUGGGCGGAUAUUUUUAAGAAAUCAGGUGCCAAAUACGUCGUACUUACGUCCAAGCAUCAUGAAGGGUAUACCAAUUGGCCAUCUGCAUAUUCCUACAGCUGGAACGCAUUGGCUAUUGGUCCAAAGAAAGAUCUUGUUGGUCAACUUGGUGCUGCAGUACGUGAAAAAGAUUUAAAAUUUGGACUGUACCAUUCUUUGUAUGAGUGGUUUCAUCCACUUUAUCUGAGAGACAAAAGGAACAAUUUUAAAACUCAAGAUUUUGUAAGGGCGAAAACUUUGCCGGAGUUACAUGAACUUGUUAAUGUCUAUAAACCCGAUAUAAUUUGGUCUGACGGCGAGUGGGAAGCCGAAGAUACUUAUUGGAAUUCUACUGAGUUUAUCGCAUGGCUUUAUAAUGACAGUCCUGUAAAAGAAACGGUGGUGACCAAUGAUCGAUGGGGAAAGUCUAUAAGAUGUAAACAUGGAGGAUUUCUUGGAUGCAAUGAUAGAUAUAAUCCAGGUAUUCUUCAGAAGAGAAAAUGGGAAAAUUGUAUGACGAUCGAUGAAAAAUCAUGGGGGUUCAGACGUGAAGCUAAUCUUAAUGAUUAUCUUACUAUAGAAAAACUAUUGCAGACAAUAGUGGAAACAAUAAGUUGCGGUGGCAAUAUUUUAAUAAACAUUGGUCCAGCUCAUGAUGGCACUAUUGCUGCUGUGUAUUUAGAAAGAUUAAGUCAAAUGGGAGAAUGGUUGAAAGUAAAUGGUGACGCGAUUUAUUUUUCUGUUCCGUGGAACUUCCAGAAUGAUGAUGUUAAUCAACAUGUUUGGUACACCAGGCGUACCAUUGACGAUAACGUAUCGGUUUAUGCUAUUGCAUUAAAGUGGCCACAUAAUAACAAGCUACAGUUAGCUGGGCCUAUUACUGGAGAUAAUACAAAUGUUACUCUGCUUGGUUAUAACACACCAAUGAAAUGGACUGCUGAUCCCUCUGGAGGAAUACAUAUUGACAUUCCAUUUAUACCAUAUAAAGAAAUGCCUUGUAAAUGGGCAUGGGUUUUUAAAAUGUCAGGCCUUACAAAUUCUUAGUUUUGAUAAGGAUGCCAAACUUUUUUUAUGUUAUAUACAUGAUUUUUCUUAUUCUUCAUUUAAAGGGAUACUGUCUAUAAUUGUGACAAAAUACAUAAAUAAAAAUGAAAAUGUUUUUUGAAGACAGUAGCUCUUUAAUGUGGAUAUUUUUUUUUCUUCUGAUGUGCAAAUAAAAAAAUGUUAUGUCUAUAAUACAUCAGGCAGCUUCUAUUUUAUGCAUUUAAAAUAAUAUAGAUUUGCCAUUAUCUGAUUUCGACAGGAUCUUCUUAAACACUGCUGGUAGUGUUCGUGUUGUCCAGUGUUUGGUUUUCUAUGUAGUGUUUUGGUGGUGUUCGUGUUGUCCAGUGUUUGGUUUUCUAUGUAGUGUUUUGGUGGUGUUCGUGUUGUCCAGUGUUUGGUUUUCUAUGUAGUGUUUUGUGGAUUUUUUUGUCAUUUUGAUCUAUUUUGUUUUUUUGCCAUGGCAUUGUAAUUUUUUCUUCGACUAAUCAGUUUUGAAGCCGGUAUCGUCCUCCUCUUUUUUGAAAUGCAUGUUGCUGUUUACCGCACUUCAUACAAAAUAUUCUCGGUCAAAGCUUUUACACCCCCAAUAAAAUUACAAAAAGAAGCAUUCAAUUCUUAAAUAUUUUAUUUUCACUUUCUGAUUUCUUUGAAUUAUUCACAUAUAUAAUAUAUGAUGUCAACUACUUUUUCAGUUAAACUACAUUUGCAAAUUACUGUUUUCUACAAGCACACUUGCCUCGUGUAUAAUUAAUGUCGAUUUAGUAAGUGUGUGAAGCUAAUUAAUAUACUCUCGGGUUGCUUUUGCAUAAAUUGGAAACAUAUGACGGAAUCAGGUGAUUCGUCUUGCAGCAAAUGAAAGAUCAGUAAAACCCUAACUAAAGUAUGACGGCUGUGUGGGGUGUAUAAAUACGCAUACACGUCCGGUUGGAAAAGGGACGUUAAAUACUUUGCCUCGUGCAGAGAGAGUGCAACGCUUUCUGCACGAUAAAGAACCCUUGUAUCAACUCUUUGAGGUGCCCUAUUGCAAGGCUAAAUUCCUAUUCCUAUAAAAAAUACCCUCAUUUUCAGUAAAAAUUCAUCAAGUGUCUCGCCUUUCAUUCCGAUCGGCCUACCAUUGUAUUAGUUGUUACUGGUUUCUUGUCCUGAACAUGCACAACGUUAAGCAAGUAAAACAUGCAAAAAGGACUUUCUAGUUCACAGUCAAUUUCUGCUUUAAACAUGUGGAAAUGUAUCUGCGUGUCCUAAUGUAGUCAGACUGACCAGUGUCUUAUAAGCAUGGCAUCUUUGAUAAGUUUUUUUCAUGACAGUUGCUUUUAUUUAUUAAAAUAUUGUAAUCGUUUUUUUUUGUUGGUAAGAAUGAACUAUGAACUCUUUAUAGACAUGAAUCUUUUUUUGUUAUUUUUACUCGUUUGUAGAAAGGUGUUCGUUUUUCUAUUGUAAUAUUAAAUUUAUAAGUAUUUAAAUUUUGCUAAAAUGUAAAUAAACUCAAAACAUUAGGUUUUAAUACAUAUAAUUAAAAAUGUAAUCCCUACGUUAAAAACUUCGUAUGAAGUCAUACGAAUUUCUGGAAAUUUUAUUAUUACUGAUUGGUUUGUUCAAUGCACUCUGUGUGAUAUCAAAACAUAAUUUACACUGCUUUCGAAUCUCAAAACAAAAUUAUAAUAGGCUGAAUUAUAGCGAUAUAUAUGUUACUUUGAGAAAUAACCACUUAUUGCAAUUUUAAAGCGACUGCAAUGUUAUAUCCUUUGCAGACGUGAUAUAAAUUGUAAUUCUGAUGAUUCAGUUUUACAGUAGUAGUGCAGACAGAAUUAUGCAUGAUGCUAGAAAUACACAUGACAAACGGUUGAAUCAAGACGAUUUAGAUAGACUUGUACUGAAUAUUCAACCAUGGGAAAUUAUGAUACUGCAUGCUAAAUCGUGGUGCCUGUCUUUCUCGGCAUUAAUGUGUCUGUUAUUUGAAAUAUCGAUUGACAAAUGAUUAGCACAGUCUAAAUAAUCAUUGAAAUUAUUUUAAAAAAAAAUAAAACGAUGUCUUUUAUGUUACUUUUCAUCGUUUUAUCAGUAAAUGUGCAUUCAUAAGUAUGUUCAUAACGUAUUGUUUGAGUAUUGUGGGUUUGGUUAAUAUGUGUUUUUAUGAUCUAAUUUAUUUCUAUUUACUGCAAGUUUGGUGACAUAGUCAUAUAUUUUGUUUAUAUUAACUAGAGAAGAAUACUUUUUGCAUAUACAGUAGUAAACUAUGUAAACUUGUGUUGGAAUAAUUUUUAAUUUACAUAUGUUUGUUUUAGCCAGUAAUUGCCUUAUUUUUUAGUCAUGCACACAUAAAAAAUCGUUAUUACAAUGUUGUAUUACGAUAUCCAAGAGUUUAAACUGACAUGGGUCAAUUCUUAGAAAUUGCAUUUUUACUGGAAUCGCCAAACGUCUACAUUUUCACUAGUCGGGGUUUGAAAUAAGACACAUAUAUGAUCAUCUGCAAUAUAAAUGAUCUGAAAAAGCAACUUACAAUAAUGAGACUUGCUGUAUGUAUGUUCAGACAUUUCAGAUGGCCUUAAAAUUAAUAGGCUGUUCACUGUUAAAAAAAUGAGAUUAACCAUAUUAAACAUUUUCAUUUGUUUUAAAAGCUGAUUAUUUACAUGCAAUAAUCUAUAUUAUAUUUAUAUAUUUAUUUAUAUUUUUGUCAUGGCGUUGUCAAUUAAUUUUCGCUUAAUGAGUUUUGAAUGUCCCCUUGGUAUCUCCUUUUUAAUUUUAUUUUUUCUAUAUAUUAAUUUUGAUGAUAAAGUAUAUAUAUGUAUAAACCACAUAAAAAUCUAUUUAUGAAAUGACAUUUUAAAUGAUUUGGGCGAUAUCUUUUUGCGCCAAAAAAGAACUCAUUUGCACCACAACUUAUUUGCGCCAAUGCUACUUCUGCGCCACUUCAUUUUAAAAACUAUAGGUAUCAUUUGCGCCAAUAAAAAAAUCAUCUAAUUGCACCAAUUUUGUGAAAUUAUUUAUUUUUACAUUAUAUAUCAAAUAAAUAAUUGACUUCAUUCCUCCUCUAUCCGGGCUUGGGACCGGCAGUUUCUCUGUACAUAGAUUGAACAUAUUUCAAAUCGUUCUUUUCUGAAUGUUCUUUGUCAAUUUUGAAGAGCUCUGCAUUAAUUAUUUUAGAAGGUAGCUCAGAAAUAUUUAUACGAAAAAGACUAACUAUCAAAAUUUAUGUAGAAAAAAUCAAGUGUGUAUACUGGGAUUCGAACUCAAGACCUUUAGCAUAUAGACCCACGAUGCAUACCCCUACACCAGGACGACUUAAAUUUAACAUUCGUUUGAUAUUUUUUAUCGAUAUUUGUUGCAUUUAAUAUUUGACGUUCAGUAAGGAACAAUCAAUCUGUUUGUGUUUGUUAUUUGGCAUGAUUUAGUUUUAUUUUUGUCAAAUGUCUGUUAGUGGUAUGGUUUCUCGGACAAUCAAAGAUUUGUCAAUAUAAUCGUUGAUAUUGCAACUACAUAAUGUCUUGGAUGUACUCUAAAAAAGUUCUGCCAUUCACAUGGUUUUAUGUGAGGGAAAAAAAAUCAUGCAGUUGUUAUAUUUUGCGUUUUUUUUAAAUUAUAAUAAUGGGUUAAAAUAACAAAAUGUAUCAAAUCUUU